AUGGGAGUCUCUUUCAAGCCUGUUAUUGCAGCAGUGUUGCACGCAAAUCUCCGGCUGAUCUUACUCCACCUUAGUCGACUGACCUUCCUCAGUUCUGGCACUCUUUCUGACAUUCCGUACACACAAUUGCUGGAAGAUAUGCUCGGAUUCAUUGUCUUGUUGGCCGAUAGUUCGCCUGUAGCACUCGAAUUGUGGGCUUUACGGCGAAUUCAUGAAUACAAGGCGAAGGAACAACAAAAUCUCGAAAACGCAAGUUUCAAGCUCAAGGGAAGAGAGAACCUACACUUUGAGUUAUCUGACACUUCUCCUUUUUUUUUUUUUACUGUGUUCAGUAUUGGAGUUCCUUCAAAUCAUUCCUCUCAAGUUAUUGCCGCAGAAGGAAUAGGAAUACUAACCUCCUCAAAAGCCAUCCUAGCCAUCUUCGAAGCAACAGGCUACCAAUACUUCCUACGCCACCCAAAGUCACCCUACCAAAUUCGCACGCCCACCCGCAACCUCGGUUCCGCCAAACCCACUCGACUUUCCACUGCCGAGGCUUCCAUUGUCCAGGCCGACCUCAAGCAUGUACCUCGUAACUUAUUUCUUCUCCUGUGGUUCCCGGCCAAAGAAAUCGAACAAGGCAAACCUCUCUACCCUUCAGUCACUGAGAAUUCCGGCGGCAAGUUCAAGAAAAUGAUGCACUUUGACUCGGAAGCCGAAAUCAAAACGGUGUUGUGGAUUUCAACGUAUUUCCUGUUGUGGCUGCAAUUCCCGGCGAUUUGGAUCUUGCGGCUUCCGGCAAAGAAGACGAAGAUGCCGAUGGUAGAUAUUGGUAAUACGAGGAAGUUUGUUGAUGGGAUUGUUGCCAAAGGUGUCAGGGGCUUUGGGGAAAGGACGGUGAGUAUGGUUUCUGGGGGCGAGGUCACUCAAACCAAGGUUCUGGAUAUUUGGGGUAAGUUUGUUGGGCGAAAUGUUGGAUUUCAGACGGCCGUUGUGGGAGAAUAUGAAGAGUAUAUUAAGAGCUUGGGAUUGCGUGAGAUGAUCUACAAGGAUAUGGAGGGUGUAUCGCAGUUUUUGGGGAAUUUAGACAAGCGGUUUUUGCCACGGAGGGGUUUGCGCAGGUGUGUGGAUUUGAACGUGGGCUAG